AUGCCCUCCAAGCAGAAGAUACCGCCCAAUUCCUCCAAGACACAUGCCUCACCGCAUGAGGCAGCGCCCGACCUGCGCAUUUUGCACUACAACGAUGUCUACCACGUCGAUCCGUCCAGCGCCGAGCCCGUGGGCGGCUUUGCGCGCUUCAUGAGCCUCAUCAAGGACUACCAGUCGGGGGAGCAGUUCAAGAAUCAGCCCGAGCUUCUGACCUUCUUCUCUGGUGACGUCUUUAAUCCCAGCCUGGAAAGUACGGUCACCAAGGGUCGGCACAUGGUACCGGUGCUCAACACGAUUGGGACAGACUGUGCCUGUGUUGGAAAUCAUGACUUUGACUUUGGCGUCCGCCAGUUCGAAAACCUCGCCUCCAAGACGAACUUUCCCUGGCUUCUCGCCAACGUCCUCGACCCAGCACUCGGCAACGACGUCCCAUUGGGCAACGCGAAACGUACACACAUGCUCACCUCCUCGAAUGGCUUCAAGAUUGGUCUCAUCGGCCUUGGCGAGCGCGAGUGGCUGGCGACAAUCAACAGUCUCCCACCAAACCUGAUCUACAAAUCCGCAAGCGAAACGGCCAAGGAGCUGGUACCUGGGCUGAGGGAGCAAGGGGCCGACAUUGUCAUCUGCCUCAGCCACCAACGCGAGCCCAACGACAACAAGCUUGCAGACAAGACGGACGGGCUGAUGGACAUUAUACUCGGAGGACACGACCAUCACUAUUCACAUUCCCUGAUCAAGGGUAGCCACGUUCUUCGAUCAGGCUCGGACUUUCAGCAGAUGAGCUACAUUGAAGCAUGGAGGAACGACGCCGGGCGAUGGGACUUUGACAUUACCAGGAGAGACGUGACGUCGGAGAUCCCCGAAGAGCCUGCCGCCGUCAAACUAGUCGGUCAGCUGACGUCGAAGCUAAAACAAUCAUUGUCAAAGCCAUUGGGUUGGACAGCGACGCCUCUCGACGCUCGCUUCAGUACGGUGCGGAUGAAGGAGUCCAACAUGGGCAAUUUCGUCUGUGAUGUGAUGCGCCAGCAUCAUGGCGCCGACUGCACAAUCAUGGCGUCCGGGACCAUUCGAGGAGGACAGAUCUAUCCGCCCGGCGCGAUCCGGAUCAAGGAUAUCACGACAUGUUUCCCCUUUGAAGAUCCUGUUGUGCUGUUGAGGGUGACGGGACAAAUGAUCUGGGAUGCGCUUGAGAAUGGCGUGUGUCUAUAUCCUGCGCUGGAAGGACGGUUUCCUCAGGUCUCGGGGAUCGAAUUCGAGUUUGAUCCCAAAAGGGAAAGCGGCUCAAGGAUCUUAUCGCUGAAGAUCAAUGGCGAGGAGUGGGAGAAGGAUAGGAAAUACAGGCUCGCGACGAGAGGCUACAUGGGCAGAGGAAAGGAUGGCUACAUGCCUCUCCUCGUCCAAUCCGAGGGUGGCCAAGCGGAAGAGAUCAUCGACGAGGAGAGUGGUAUUCUCAUCUCCACCAUGCUUCGCCAGUACUUUACAGGCCUUCGCACCGUCGGGCAAUGGAAGAACCUUCCCGACCACUGGCGCGACGUAGCCACGAGCGAAUGCACGCCGCUCAGUCCCGUCAUCACCAACACAUCCGCCAGCGACGAGUGGGAGAAAACACGCCCACCGGUGCGGAAUCCAGCAGAGCAGGCCGCAGCCUCUGAAUCGGGAGACGAGUGGACGAGAUUUCUCCAGUCAAGAAUUGGACUCAGCAAGGCGCCGGUGAACGACGACGCUGACUCGGACAGCGAGGAUGACGACCCGGAGGCUGUAGACGACGACAAGAUGGACUUUGAUAUGCUGCUCAUGCGAAAGUUCUUCAAUCGAUGGGCUAGGAAGACGGGCCUCAAGGAGAGCGCGUGUGACCCAAGUGUGGACCUUGCCAUGAGUGUGGACUGGACACGCACGAUUGCGCCGGUGUUGGAGGGGAGGAUCAAAAUGGUGCAAUGA